AUGGCUCCCAAGCAGGAAGUCUUCGAGCUUCACCCUCGUGGGUGGGAGAACGAUCCCGAAAGGGAGACGUUCGAGGUGUCGACGUUGGAUUAUCUCACAGCCUUGUCGUACAACAACUACUGCCUCUUCUUCAAGAUGGACGACGCCAUGAAGGCUCGGGCUGUGGAGAUCAUGAAGGAAGGCCUUGAGCGGACCAUUGCUCAGGCGAGGCACCUGUGCUGCACCAUUGAGAAGAAGGCGUCGGGAAGCGGCCACGAAUACGUCAAGAAGAAGGAUAGCACGGUCCGUCUGUUCGUGCAGUAUCUCGACGCCCCCGAGGACGCGGACAAGUACCCGUCUCUGGAGGAGAUUGAGAAGGCAAACUUCAGCGCGGUGGCUCUGGGCGACCUCAAGCUCUGGAGUGUAGACCCGAUGACCUACGGAGAGAAGCCCGAGGCUAAUCCCGAUGCCUCACCUGUCGUGGCAGCAUUCAAGAUGAACUUUGUCCGGGGCGGCUUGGUGUUCAACAUGCACCACCACCACUACAGUAACGACGUGAUGGGCUGGGCAGGCUACACCCGGCAACUGGCAGAGAACUGCUUCGCGGCGUUCAACAAGACCGAGUUCCCUGACUGGGACCCCAAGAACAUGGACCUGUCCCUGCUGUGCAAGCAGGAGCCCCCUGAGGACCAGAAGAUUGAUGGGCCUCCUGCUCCGCAGCGCCACCCGGAUCACGUCCAGGGCGUGUCCUUGCUCUUCCACCUGCCGAAGAGCAAGGCCGCCGAGUUGAAGAAGCUGGCCCAGCCGACAGAGUCGGGCGAGCAGUGGAUUUCGACGUACGACGCCUUUGUGGCCUACAUCUGGCGCUCCAUCACGCGCGUCCGCGCCCCCGUCUUCAACCCAGACCCGGCGUCCAAGCCCUUCCUGUGCGAGGCCGUCGACAUGCGACGGCGCUUCCACAACCCCAGCGUCCCUCCCCGGAUCCGGGGCAAUGUCAUGUUCGCGGCCCUGUCUACGACGGCCCCUGUCGAGUCGCCCACGUUCGCCCAGGUCAUGUCCGAGUGGCCUCUGUCCAAGCUUGCGCAGUAUAUCCGCGGCCUGACCAACAGCGUCACCCAGGAGAGCCUGGACAAGACGCUGGAGAUGGUCGCCACCAUCAAGGACAAGACGUCCCUCAACAUCCGCAUCGACUCCCUGCCGCCCAUGUCGGUCCUCUUCACCGACCACCGCGAUGCCAGCGUGGCGUCGACGGACUUUGGCUUCGCCAAGCCCAUCACCUACCGCCAUCUGACGGAUCGCGUGACGGAGGGCGUCAUCAUCAUCUACCCAGCUCGCAGCAACGACCCCGAGUCGGACGAGGGCCCGGAGUUUUCCUUUUUCUACGAAAAGAGGCUGGCGCAGGACCUGAUUGAGGACAAGGAGUUUAGCAAGUACUUUGAGUAUAGAGGCGUCGACGCGGAGGACGCCUCUGUCCCGGCACUCCUCAACUAA